UCUUCAUUUGAUUUUGGAGAUUUGAUCUAUUAUCUUUUUGUUGAGGAGGCGAGGGAGGUAAAUCCAACCCGCUCCGCUCCGCUCCAGCCGUCUUAUCAAAGCCCUCUCUCGCUUCAGAGGAGUGGCUUGUUUCGCCUCGCCUCGCCGAUCACCCUAGCCCAGCCUUGUACAGCUACAGCCCUGUUUCGGGAGGAGAGGGCCAUCCAAGGAAACAAACCACUUACUCCCUCGAGCUCUGCCUGUGUCUGUCUCACUUGCUGUUGACAUCACUGGCAGUGACUGACAGAUGAACUUGCCAGGAGACGACGAGAAUCAACUCGAGUUCAAUUUAAACUUUCAGUUAUUUGAUUGAUACCGUAUGCCGACUGUGUUCUGAAAGUAAGUUAGGAUUUGGAGGGGUUACACAAACGGGCUUGAGUUUUGUGAGGGGAAUGAGCGUUCUAGAUCUUAUCUAUUAAUCAAAACUACCCAAAUAUUUUCGAAGAAUCAGCACUCGAUUGAAAACACAUCGAAAGCGAAUUACCAUCGAUAUUUCCCCAUUAUAAAACCCAUCAAUCCCGCCCACCAUGGCUUCCAAAACAGUCUCCAUAUCCGUCAAGUACUCGAAGCCAGGAACGCAGCCCCCGAUAUUCCUGGCAGGCAGCUUCUCCGACCCAGCAUGGCAGCCGCAAGAAAUGCAGUACACGACCGACGAAAACAACGAGCACGAGUUCUUCAGGGAGGUGAAUGUCGAGCAGGGGAAGGAAUACCAGUAUAAGUUUCGUAUUGGUUUGGGAGAGUGGUGGAUAUUGAAUGAGGAUUCUCCUACAGGAACCGACGACGCGGGGAAUCGAAAUAACGUCCUUUCUGUACCUGUUACGGACGACGCAAUUGUUACGAAACCUACUGAGGAUAUUCCAGAGGAGGAUACGACCAAAAUGGAGGAAGGCAAGCAUACGCAGCCACUGGCCGCGAAGGAGGUAACACCAGAGCCAAUUGAAAGCACAAUGAGUACAAAGGAGGCAACGCCAGAGCCUAUCGAGGAGGCAAUGGGCACAAGAGAGACAUCUGAUGUUCUAUUCUCCGAUGAGAUCGUCAAGGACCUUGAGGAACCAAAGGAUACCAGCUUGCCAAUGACCCCCGAACCAAGAGAACCACACUCUACACCUGCGCACGAGAUGGAGAAGACGAAGGUCGAGCUUGUGAAGGGUAAUUUGAAAGAUUUGGAUGACGAACAUACCAAGACCAAGUUUGUUCAGGAUCUGGAGGAUAACAAGGAGGACAACACCAGGGAAGCAGAGUCCACAGAGAGCAUUGUACCUGCUGCAGCACCAACUCCUGAAAUUGGUUUGGAGCAAUCCCUUCCAACACCUCCAAUGGAGGCAGAGAAGCUACACAUUGAACACGUCAAGGAGAAGACGGAGAUCGACGAGCCCUCAGAAACUCCAACUGUAGUUGUUGAGAAGGUUGAUAGCACCCCCAGCCAUGGAGACGACUUCGGACCUGAUGCUACCCGUGAACAAAAGGAUGCACACAAUCUGCGAGCUCAAGAUGCAGAGCCAGAUCAUACCGUCGUCCGAAAAGACGCACAUAACCCGGAGAUCGCAGAUAUUGCAGCUGAAGUUGCUGACACUGCUGAAACUCUUGAUCGGGAUGCUCCUACACCUCCUAUCUCCGACGAAGAGGCUGGUCGUAUUGGAUACCGUCGAAUGUCAAACACUCCAAUCCCAGAGGUUGCAAAAACAGCUGCAGAAGUUGCCGAUGUUGCUGCUACUCUUGAUAAACAGAACCUUGGCGACCUUCUUGAGGCUCGUGGAUACUUUGAGAUCAUGAAUGAUGAGAGUAUUGUAUUCCCUGAGACCCCACCACAUGAGAAGGUUCCCUUGUUUCCGCAUGAGAGUGGUCUAUCACCACCAAAGAGCAAGGAAUCUCGUCGACACCGUAACUCUGAUACCCAACGUCGAGCAUCAAGAACCGAGGAGGCUACAGUCUUUGAUCCUAAUGAUCCAACUAUUCAGCCGUUCCCGGAAGAUCGAGAAGGUAUUAUGCGUCAAUUAGCCUUGCUGCAACAACGCCUUCCACCUGACACCAAUGAUUGCGUGGGUGGUGUUGACUCGCCAAUCUCCGAAGAAAUCCAUUGCCCUGGAAAGCCCAUUUCGCCCGGUCUUAAUAUUCCACUCCAGGAUCAGUCUCCAUCGCUCGAUUCGAUCACAGAGGAGAACGAUGAGGACCAGGAGCUUCUGCCUAGUGCUGAGAAUGUCAAUGGUGAUAGAUUGACGAGUUUGAACAAGGUUGACGAGGCUGAAGACAAUGUCAAGGAACCGCAAGUCAAAGUCAAUGGAGUCAAGGAGACGGCCGAGGACGCAAACAAAGAGCCAAUCCAGGCGGAGAAGGAAAUUCCUCCUAUCCCAGAAAUCUUGGUUCAAAGAGAAAACUCGAAGCCAGAGCCAAAGGUUGAUGAAGAAUCUAAGGAACCAUUGGCAGUAGUCUCGAGCCAAAGUACUGAGCCUGUCUUGACAAAUCCGAUUGAUCGUUCAUUGGAUGGUGCUGAAGGACUUGAGGAUGCCGAAGCUGGAAUCGCCGUAGGAGAGGCCGCGACUCCAAAUGCCAAGUCUGAUUUGGGACAUACAAGUGAUGGCUCGACGGAGGGACUUCCAUUGCCAGUAUCGCCCACACGAAUCCCAGCCACGCCAUUUGUAGUAGGAAAUCGUCAACUUGGUCAUGAUGAGGACGAGGUCCAGAAUAUCAGUGUCCCAUCAGGUCCUAAUAUCCAAGUUUCUCCAGCAACUCCUAGAGGUUCUGCUGUUGAACAGAAUCCCUUGGAUACGGCAAAAUCUUCAGCUAUUGAAAACAAUAACAAUCAGAUCAAGUCUCGGAAGCAACCCGCGAAGUCUAUUCCGGAUCGACCACUUACACCCAGCUCGAUGCGUGGAAAGGAACAAUCUAGGAAUUUCUUGAAGGCAUUCUGGAGAGUUGUCUUUGUUGAGUGGAUUGGUGGAUUGAUCAUUCGUCUAUGCAAUGGUGGCAGAGGUCGCCAAACGUAAGAACUCACAGCUUAUUAGAUCCCCCCGAAAAAUGUCCUCUUCCUUUACUAUCGGAUUAUGUUACGAGUACAGUUUUCUUAUGUCAACAUAAAAAAAAAAUUACCAUCGACAAUGCUGAUCGCUGGUCCAACACACAGGCUUCUGGCCAUUGGUGCACUUGCAGUUCUUGCUUCUGCACCUGCCAUGUAUCAUUUCUUCUUGGCUCGAAUAGUCGGGUACAAGUUGCGCAUACCAUAGAUAGGUGGGGUGGAGUGUAUUGGCAUUGCUUGCGGUUUUCUUUUGUUUUUGCGGUUGAUGAGAUCAUGAUGGAUUGGGGGUGUGAUGAAUGGAUGCUGGUUUGCUUGAGCUUGAGCUUGGGGUGAGAUGAGGAUACCUGAGCUGGGCUGGGAGGAGCUGAGCACAACUGAGUAUGGAUGCAUCCAUGCUUGCAUGCAUGUAUUGGAGACCAGGCAGUCCUGUAUUAUAUGAGCUUAGGGCUGACUGACUGAAGACAAUUACAAAAAUCAAUUGAGCUUCUGUACAUGGAUAUGGAAUUUUGAG